GGUUGGGGGGGCUCCCCCUGCGUUUAGACGCCGCCCUUGCGAGCUUCAUGCUCCUUUCCGGCCGCCCGGGCCUGCCAGUGCCGGUUGUGCCAUCAUGCCGGCGCCCGUCCCAGCGGGAAGCAGCGGCUCCAUUUGGAGGCAGCCGCAUCCUGCCGAUCCCCGCCGUGUCUGCCGGCGUGUCCGCCGCGGCGCGGCGCUUGGAGCGGCGGCGCCGGGCGCUGCCCGAGGGCUUGGCGCGGCUGGAGGCGGCGGCGGACUGCUCGUGGCUCCGAGAGCUCCAGGCAGAGGGGGCGGAGGAGGCGGAGGAGGCGGAGGACAACCGGCAGAAGCGCCUCGUCUCCUCAGGCCACUAUGUCGAGGUGCGCCCUACACCCCUUCAUGACACAUGCCUUGUGGGCUUCAGCGCGGACAUGGCGCAGCAGCUGGGCCUCGGCCAGGCCGACUGCGGCUCCUCGGAGUUCCUCCGCUUCAUGUCUGGGCACAUGGAGGUCCUGCCAAAGAUGCAGAGCUGGUGUACGCCCUACACCCUGUCCGUGGCCGGCAAUGAGAUCAGUACGGGGAACAUGUACGGCGAUGGGCGCGCCAUCUCCGUCGGGGAGGUCCUUUCGGACUCGGAGCGAUGGGAGCUGCAGCUGAAGGGCGCCGGGUGCACGCCCUUUUGCGGUGGCGCGGACGGGCGGGCAGUGCUGCGGUCCAGCCUCCGGGAGUUCCUAGCCUCCGAGGCCAUGCACAAUUUGGGGGUCCCGACCACCAGAGCCUUGUGCCUGGUCACCUCGCGCUCAGACUCCGCGCUGCGAGAGUGGCUGGGGGAGAAGCUCUAUGAGCCAUGCGCCAUCACGUGUCGGGUCUCAAGAUCCUUCCUGAGAGUGGGCCACCUCGAGCUCUUUGCGCGGAGGUGCAGAGACUGGGGGAGCCAAAGCGCGCGGAGGGAGUUGGAGCAGUUGCUGCGCCACGCCAUCGCGCGGGAGUUCCCGGAGUGCGUGCAUGAGGACCUGCCAAGAUCCGCGGGCCAAAUGCUGCGGCCCAUGGCCCUGGGCAUGGCGAAGCUGGCGGCGGAGUGGUGGCGCGUGGGCUUUUGCCAGGGCAACUUCCAGUCGGACAAUUGCCACCUGGCCGGGCGCACGCUGGACUUCGGACCCUUCGGCUUCAUGGAGCGCUACAAUCCGCGCUGGUGCAGCUGGACAGGUGGCGCAGAGAACUUUAGCUUCCGGCUGCAGCCCAAGGCCUUUUUCCAGAACUUCGCGAGUGCCGUGCGGGCUGUGGACGUGGUGCUGGACGGUGAGGGCCGGGAAGAGGCCCAGCAGUUGCUCUCGGAUUUCCCGGCGCUUCUGCAGGAGGCCUUCUGCGAGGUGCGUUUGGCAAAGCUGGGCCUCAGCUUUUGGGAUGCAGAGGCCGCGCAGCUCUGCGAUGGCUUGCUGCAGCUGAUGGAGGCCUCCGCCGCUGAUUGGACCCUCACCUGGCGGAAGCUGGCGGAUGUGGCCGAGAACUGGGAUGAGCUGAUGGAGUCUGGCAGCCUGAUGCUGCCGUUGAAGGGAUGUUUCUACGAGCCGCUCACCCCACAGAUGGAGCAGCAGUGGGAGCGGUGGCUGCAGCGCUGGCUGCAGCGUUUGCAGGCUGAGGCCAUGGACGCAGAGGAGGUGGCACAAACCAUGCGCGAAGCAUCGCCCAAAUACGUGCCGCGGAACUGGAUGCUGAUGGAGGCCUACGAGGCAGCAGAGGCUGGCAGCUUUCAAGUGGCCCAGCAGCUGCAGGAGCUUUUUCGCCGGCCCUAUGAGGAGCAUCCGGAGCUUGAGAGCCGUUACUUCCGCCUGGCGCCCCCGGAGCUGCGGGGCCGGCCUGGAGUGUACAUAAUGACCUGAUCUUCAUAGUCCUCGGAGUUUUGUCCCACUCGAUGUUCAGCGCAAGUUCCGCUGCAGCCUGAAUUGGAUGACAUGCUGGAAGUGAGCAGCA